CCGCCAUGGGGAAGCCGGCGAGGAAGCGAUGUGACUGCAAGCGCUUCCUGAAGAAUAACUGGCUGCUGCUCUCCACCGUGGCCGCGGUGGUGUUAGGCAUUGCCACAGGAGUCUUGGUUCGAGAACACAGCAAGCUGUCAAAUUUGGAGAAAUUCUACUUUGCUUUUCCUGGAGAAAUUCUAAUGAGGAUGCUGAAACUCAUCAUUUUGCCAUUAAUUAUAUCCAGCAUGAUUACAGGUGUUGCUGCGCUGGAUUCCAGUGUAUCUGGAAAAAUCGGUCUGCGUGCCGUCGUGUAUUAUUUCUGUACCACUGCCAUUGCUGUAAUUCUAGGUAUUAUACUGGUGAUGACUAUCAAGCCUGGCGUCACCCAGAAGGUGACUGAAAUUGACAGGACUGGCAACACUCCUGAAGUCAGCACAGUGGAUGCCAUGUUAGACCUCAUCAGGAAUAUGUUUCCUGAGAACCUCGUCCAAGCCUGUUUUCAGCAGUACAAAACCCAGCGUGAAGAAGUGAAUGCUGACAGUGAUCCAGAGACAAACGUGACAGAGGAGUCCUUCACAGCCAUCAUGACAACUGCUAUUUCCAAGAACAAAACAAAGGACUACGAAAUUGUAGGCGCGUAUUCAGAUGGCAUAAAUGUCCUGGGCUUAAUUGUCUUUUGCCUUGUCUUUGGACUUGUCAUUGGAAACAUGGGAGAAAAGGGACAGAUUCUGGUGGAUUUCUUCAAUGCUUUGAGUGAUGCUACCAUGAAAAUCGUUCAGAUCAUUAUGUGUUACAUGCCUCUCGGUAUUUUGUUCCUGAUUGCCGGGAAGAUCAUAGAAGUUGAAGACUGGGAAAUAUUCCGCAAGCUGGGCCUUUACAUGGCCACAGUCCUGAGUGGGCUUGCAAUCCACUCCAUUGUGAUUCUCCCGCUGAUAUAUUUCAUCGUCGUAAGAAAGAACCCCUUCCAAUUUGCCAUGGGAAUGGCCCAGGCUCUCCUGACGGCUCUCAUGAUCUCUUCCAGUUCAGCAACACUGCCUGUCACCUUCCGCUGUGCUGAAGAAAACAACCGUGUGGACAAGAGGAUCACUAGAUUUGUGUUACCCGUCGGCGCCACAAUCAACAUGGAUGGGACUGCGCUCUAUGAAGCUGUGGCAGCUGUGUUCAUUGCACAGCUGAAUGACUUGGACCUGGGCAUUGGGCAGAUCAUCACCAUCAGUGUCACAGCCACAGCUGCCAGCAUUGGAGCUGCUGGUGUGCCCCAGGCUGGUCUGGUGACCAUGGUGAUCGUGCUGAGUGCCGUGGGCCUGCCCGCUGAGGAUGUCACCCUGAUCAUCGCUGUCGACUGGCUCCUGGACCGGUUCAGGACCAUGGUCAACGUCCUUGGUGAUGCUUUUGGGACGGGCAUCGUGGAAAAGCUCUCAAAGAAGGAGCUGGAGCAGAUGGAUGUUUCAUCUGAAGUCAACAUCGUGAACCCCUUUGCCUUGGAAUCAACAGUCCUCGAUAAUGAAGACUCAGACACCAAGAAGUCCUAUGUCAACGGAGGCUUUGCUGUAGACAAGUCUGACACCAUCUCAUUCACCCAGACCUCACAGUUCUAGAGCCCCUGGCUUCAGAUGACCAGGAAUGAUGAAGGACAUCUCCAUGAGGGUCAUCUUAUAGCGAAUUCAAACAUUAAUUAAGGAAAAGAAAAACACUAAUGUCCAGUUGUACAUUUGAUUUGAUAGACCUCCAGAUUAUUUUCUAUAUUUGGAUUCACAGCCUUUGCUCUCCAGGUUUUGGGAUUUGAGGGUGGGAUAAGAUGAAAGGAAAUUGAUUAAAAGGAAAGUUGUAUUAUCUGGUUUUAACAAUUCUAUGAGACAAAGUUUGGAAGUAUAUAAAGUAAUAAUUGUUGGAAUUACUAAUGGAUAUGGAAGAGAAAUUACUUUCUCAUGCACAGACCAUUGUUUUGGAUUUUUAAAAAAAAUAUCCUGUCGUUGGUUACAAAUUUUUACUCAGGCUUUCUAUUGGCAUGGAUUUCCUUUGUCCUCUCACUUUUUUAUAGAUUAUAAUGCAUCUAAAAAUCUCCUCCCCAGUUAAUGUGCCAAAUUGUUCAUUUUGAACUCAUCUUCAGCCAAUUUCAGAGAAACUGCUUUGAAAGAAAACAGACCAGCACAGUUCUGCAAUAACAGUUUUAAGAUGGGCAUAGGGUCGGGGGGAAGGGAGAGGGUUCUUUUUUCAAUGUACUGUAUUGGGACGCUGGUAACUGUUAACCCAGUGUUCAGUAUAGAGCUAUAUAUAUGUGUGUGUGUAUAUAUAUAUAUUUAUUAUUUUCAUAUAAUUUGCCAGACAGAGAUCAGAAUUGAACUGUCAAUGUGAAAUAAAGAACUCUCGUGUACUUGAAUAAUAACUACAAUUCCAACCCAGGUCUGUUUCAGGGCUUAUGAGAAUUCCUUUCUCAGGAGCACUACAAUGAGAAAUCAUGUUGUGUGACCCUUUCACAUCUGUGUAUCAUCAGCCCUAAAUGAGAGAUGUAUUAUGGUGACACUCCAAGGUAGCAUAGCCAUUCAUUUACAACUUCCAGAUUCGAGCUGCCUGGAGGGAAUCUAUAUAAGAUUAUAUACAAAGGUGUUGCUCACAAAAGGAUAGAGUGUUCUUUUAUCCAACUGGAAGGCUUCAUUCUUCCAAGUUCAUUCAACCCAUUUAAAGAGGCCAGUAAUUUGCCACCUUUGCGCUUUUAUACCCAUCAGGGCCCAAACAACAGUGGCAAGCUACCAACUAAGUUGUAUUUUAAUAUAGAUUCCAUGGGUUGAACAAGUUACAUUGCAGAAAAAAAAAAAAAAGCUGUCCCUACUCUGGAUCCUUGCAGAGUAAAUCCCACAACAUGAGACAUUGGUUUCAGUGGUUCAGGGGAGAUUAUUCUACUCUACUAUACUUGUCUCCUCCUCCAGAGAGGAAUGUUCUAACUAUUAAUGGUAAUCUUGGCCCUACUCAUUAAAACCCUCUGCUUGUCAUUCUCCUGCUAAUUUAUGAAGAUAGCUUAUUAAAGUCUGUGCUUCAGUUUUCAUCUUGUAAAUAAUGCUUAAUAUAAACUUGUACUUACCCUGAGAUCCAAAAUAGUCAUGUUUCUACAGUAUUGUGUAGCCAACUUAAACCUGUGCUUUUGUAUUUAAGAAACCAGAAAUUGUGCCAAAGAUAGCAGAAAAGUAAAUAAAUGCUCAGUAUUGACCACCUGCACCUGAAAUCUACAACAGAAUGAUACUGAAUUGUCAUGUAACAUCAUAAAUAGUGAGCAGUGAUUCAAUGUGAAUUUUAAAAUGCAGAUAUUGGUAUUAUUUAUAGGAAAUAAAUCUAAAUAUUAAUGAA